AUGUCAACAACAAUCGCAUCCUCGCCCGUCCCUGCUCCCCUCCCUUCUCCCGUCCCUCCCCCCUCCGUCCCCACCUCCGUCCCUUCCUCUAUCCCCUCCCCCUCUCCCACCCAACCACCCGUCGCAGCACAACAGCAACAGCACGCGCGCCGCCCAUCCUCCCCCUCUCCAUCCAGCCGCGUUGCAUCGUUAGGCAGCAAAAUUUCCGCGUUGGGUGCGCGGCUUGGGAGGACGUUGAGUCUUAGCGGCGGUGGAUCUUCCGCUGUGGGGGGUGGGGAGGAGGGUAAGGAGGGUAAAGAGCGCGGGAGGGGGCGCGCGAAUGGGAAUGGGAAUGGGGCGAAUGGACACGGGCAAGGGGGGGUUGGGCACGGGGAUGGGGAGGAUGGGGAUGGAGAGGAAGGAGAAGAAGGAGAUGAACUAGGAGACCGCGUGGAUUCUGUUGUGCGCGUUUUGUAUCGCGGGGGGGGAUGCGUCGGGCGUCGGGUCGAGUCAGUGCCAGUCCUGUCGCAUGUCGCAUCGUUCACGCCGGAUCUGCAGCUGUGCUUGUACCUGCAGCACAAUCCAUCGGUGCUGUUCUCGCAGGCGCGGACGUGGACAUAG